UGUGGAUGCUCAGUGUGUUUGGAAGCCAGGCAGCAUUCAACUCCUGCUCACUCUCAUCAAAAGAGUCGAGUUCCUAUCUCCCUUCCCUCGAGGCCUACAGUAGGCUUCCCACAAUGAUGCAGGCUAAGCAGAAGCCAUGAGCCAUGGCUGCCCCCACACUCCUGUGAUGAUGACGCAGUGUGCUCCCCAACACUGGCCUCGUUCUCAGCGUAGCAUGGAGCUAGCCGGAUCAGCUGUUAUUGCGUUUGGACUAUGGUUUCGAUUUGGAGGUACCAUAAAGGAUUUAUCAUCAGAGGACAAGUCCCCAGAGUAUUUCUAUGUGGGGUUGUAUGUGCUGGUUGGCGCUGGGGCCCUGAUGAUGGCUGUGGGUUUCUUCGGGUGCUGUGGAGCCAUGCGUGAGUCACAGUGCGUGCUUGGAUCAUUUUUUACCUGUCUGCUGGUGAUAUUUGCUGCUGAAGUAACCACUGGAGUCUUUGCAUUUAUAGGCAAGGAUGUAGCUAUAAGACAUGUACAGACCAUGUAUGAGGAGGCCUACAGCGAUUACCUUAAAGACAGGGGAAGGACAAAUGCAACUCUCAUUACCUUCCACUCAGCAUUUCAGUGCUGUGGAAAAGAAAGCUCUGAACAAGUCCAGCCCACAUGUCCAAAGGAGCUUCCAGGCCACAAGAAUUGCAUCGACAAAAUUGAAACAAUAAUCAGUGUUAAGCUCCAGCUCAUUGGAAUUGUUGGUAUUGGGAUUGCGGGUCUCACGAUCUUUGGCAUGAUAUUCAGCAUGGUGCUUUGCUGUGCAAUACGAAACUCACGAGAUGUGAUUUGAAGAUACUUCAUCAUGAAAACUGCAAUCUAGAGUUUUCGUGCUAAUUAUCACAAGAGCUCUCUCGGCUCAUUUUUAAUAUUCAGGAUAUUAGAAGCUAAAAUGAUUUUCUGUCAACUGUAUAUUUGCACAUGUACAUGUAUGUAUGUCAUGUAUGUAUUGUGAAUCAUUACUGAUUUGCCCCUUGAGUGAAUGUCUGUGUGUUUCCGGUAUAUGCAUUGCACAUACUGAUAUCUGUUUCCUGGGGAACCCUAGUUCUUGUAUUCAAGAAUAACCUAUUUAGGUACCAGAAAAAAAAACAAUGAGAGAUGUCUAAAACUCAGCUAUUCAGGAAAUGUAAUAAUGGGUCCAUUUCUCAGAUUUUAGCCAAGAAAAUUAGAUACAUAAAGAGAAUGCAGGAUUUCUAGUUAAUGUAAGCAAUAAGAUAUAAGAAUUGAAGGGCCAUAGAUUGACUGUCUGAGUUGAGUGUAAAGAUUUCUUGAAAAAAAGUAAAUAUAUAUAUAUUUACUUGUGUAAAAAAGUGUAUAUAUAUAUAUACAUAUAUAUAUAUAUACACUCCCCAGAAUACCGUAAACCACAGUUUCAGAACUAAACACAUCUGUAAAAGUAAAUAUAGCAUGGAAAAAUCUAAUUGGAAAAAGUCAUGCUUUCUUGGCAUUUAAAAACAGAAAGCCUCUCUCUGGAAAGGGAGGUUGCAUAGACAAGCAUGUGCCCAUCAGAGUGAGUGCUUUUAGGACUAAAAUAACACAUUUUAAGGGGGAAAACACUGUUGUACAAUGACAUAUAAAUGUUGCUUUGCCCCUCUUCUCUCCAACUCUGCUUUGAACUGCUGGAAGCCUCACCUUCCCGCAAGGCUUUCCCUUCACCCUCCUUCCUGCCUCUUCAGAUGUGGUGACAGAGGAAAGCAGGAACCAUGCAGCGUACUGGUGGGGGACUCUCGCUGGCACUGGACCUCUGGGAUACCUCAUGACUUGAGUUUACAUACUUUCCUCAUUCUUUUUUCAUUUUUCUUAUUUAUCUGUGCAGAGAAUUCUUCACAGAUUAAGAAUACAAUUUUAUCCUUUAAAAUAAAUAAAUCCCCCAUAACUCAGAUAUUAUGUUAUGAGUACCCUGGCUAAACCAAGAUAAACACCUUCUUCAAUAUGUAUGCACACAACAAAGGCAAGCUAAUGAAUCAAAAAUACUUUCAUGCAUACAGCACAAGUAUAUUCUUUCUCAGCAAAUCCCUGUGGGAAUAAACACAUGCUCAGAAUCUUGGUAAGCCUGAAUGAUUGAUUUUAAGUAGGAAAACCCAGCCACCAUCCAGCCUUUUGGCUGCAAGUGGGAAAACCCACCUCAGGGUCUAAAUUGACAUAUUUGUCAUAAUGGGACAGCUUAUUAAGGGAUAUAAAUUAUGGAUUCUUAAGAUUGUAUUUGACCACAUAAAAGUGAAGGUAUGAGGAGUUCUGGAAGCUGUCAGGGUGGCUUCUGUGCCCACUAAGAACAUAAGACUUUGCUAUGUGCUAAAGCAAAGUGCCAUGCUUCAGGAAACUUUUACAAAGUGUUUUGCUGAGGACACACAACUGCUAGGAGGUCUCACCCACAGAGCGCCACCUCACUUUUCAGAUAUUCUUGCUACUGCUACUAGCUUUGGAGAAAAAAACUGAGGGAGUUAAAAGUGUAACUGUGUAUGACUACUUUACCUACAAGUGCAAAAGAGUAUUUAAAGAAAAAAAAAUCACUUUAUGAUGUUUAUACCCCAGUGGUUGACAAAUGCCAGCUCUUUAAGCAAACAAAAAAGUGAUCAGUCUUUCUUAGAGCUUUAAUUUAUCUGUCUUCCUUAAGACAGAGGACAGGCUCAAGUAUGUACUCAGGUUCCUCCAGCUCAGAGUUAUUUCCCAUUCCUCAGAAGGGUGAGUGAAUAAGUUUAAAGAAAACCACAGUAACUAUAGACAGAAGAAUAAAAUAAUUUUUUAAUGCAGAGGAAUAAGUCUAGAAAUCCGUGUCAUGUGUGAUUGGUGUACCUCUCUGAGGGUUAAGCUUUCCAAAGAAUGUGCUGGGUAAAAUUAGAGAAUUCCAUCUUUGAGUAAAGAUGGAGAUAUAUAUAUAUAUAUCUUUAUGUGAAUGGAUAAAGCUAUAUCUAUAGAGAUAUAUAACCCCUAUGUCCUGAACAUAUACAUAUCUCAAAUACAUAUCUCUUAAGGAUAAAGACUUAUGUAAUUUAAUACAUGCGUACCUGUUUGAAACUAUGGAGAUAAAUGUUUGUAUACAUAUACAUGUAUAUACAUUUACAGUUAUUUCUGUUUACCUGAACUAAUUUGAGAUCAGACUCAAACAUUUUAAGUUAUUUUAAAUUAAAUUUUCUAUGUACUUACACUGCUUGAGUUAUCUUAAAAUCCUAGUGUAUCUUCUUAACACGUUCACGUGACUUACUUAAAUGUGUUACCUACCAAUUUACCCAAACAAUAUAGUAAAAACAGACUGGUAAUCCUUCCAUGCUGUUUUUGUGCGGUUCAAAAGCAACACCACUAGGGUUCUAAUUACAUAUAGUUGUGUUUCAGCUAACACCAGUUCACCCAAAUUGUUCCUCCUUCCUCCAGAAAAACUUGGUUACCUAUGGCUUAGCCUGUCGAGUUAAUCCAGGGUCCAGUGUGGUCCUCCUGUACCAACAGCCAUCCUUUCCCUCUGAGGGAUCUAAUCAAUGUAGCUGGGUGAGAAUGAGACCCAGAGAGAGAUGAUAAUAAUCUCAAUAAUAAUCAAUAGAGAUGAUAACAUGUUCUCCCUUCUGAAAUAAGUUUACCAAAUGUUCAAAGAGUGUUCACUCUCUUGUCAUUAGGGGGUUUCUAUGACUCAGACAGAGGCCAGCCACUAGAACUCCCCACAGCCCAGCUUUCAAGGCCCCAUUGGCAUGCUAUAGAACACCAAGCCUGUCUCUCCAUACCCAGGAAAGAGCAAUUUAUGUCUCUUGAAGGUAGAACCAGCUUAAGCUCAUCUGAAUUAAUUUGGUUUUUGUGUGUAUUUUAAGACUGAAGAUUUUCUAUUUUCUUUAAACAUCCUCCUUUUUUUAUUAUAAAUGGUAUUUUGUAUAUAGAUGUCUUUUAAAAAUGAAAACACUACAGCAAUACAAAAUGUUAUUGUUUGGUGUCCUUAUAACAACCAAGGGAUUCACAGUGCAGAUGCUGCCCCCUGAAAACAGGGAAAAAACAGCAAAUAUAAGUAACAUGUCCUGUGCUUCCCAAAGCUUGGCUUCAGAAAGUGUUGAGUUAAUAUGACAGAAACCUUUUUUGUGUUUUGUGGUGUUUUUCCUGUAUAUUUUAUGAUUUCUUUUACUUCUAUUAAACAAUAAAAAAAUUAAAGAGA